GCGUGAAACGGGUGUCGUGCCGAUUUUGAGUCUGUGCCUUCGAAUUUCAAAGCGGUGUGCUGAAAUAAAAGUGCAACAUGGCGGAACAAUCUCCUGACACGAACAGGCGGACGCAGUCUCACAGGACGGGAACGGUUGCCAGGCAUUCCACUCCUCUAAACAAGACCCACCCGGGCGCCUCGCGAUCUCAAGCAACCCAAGUUGGUGGUCCACCUUUCCACGAGGAUGAUUCGAUGCAGCUAUCGCCAGUUGUUGGUCGAGGCAGAACAACUCAGCUGACCGAUUGGGAGGCGACGCACUUUGGCUCGCCACUAAACGCAACCAAAGGUGUUCCCGUACGCCGGACGUUCAGUUGGAAUGAAGACGUAAGCGUUGAAAGGUCUACACGGCUUCACGAACUUGAAGCCAGCCUGCAGCGGAAAAGCCGAUUGUACCGUAGGCGGCUUACAACACGCUUGGUGUGCGUCUUUUUCUUUCUCGUUCUUCUCGGUGUUGUGAUAUGCUGCGCCAGCGUGGCUCUACUCGUACGGAACGAAACUGCACGGGGGAUUCUGGUCGGAUAUGACGGUUCGUUCCAGCUGAAGUCGACAAACGAAAGUUACUGCUUUAAAGGAAAUCCUACAGAAGUCGCUGCUUAUAGAGAGAACAUCAUCAGGGGAUUAACGGAAAAGAUGGACGCCGUCUUUGGAAAUAUGAGCACGGAGAGCUCUUAUUCGGGAUCCCUCGUCGAAGAUUUCGCCUGCGUUCUACGUGCAUCGAGUGGCAUCACUACCGUACACGUGUACUUCGUCUUAUUAUGGAGGCAAAGGCGCAGUACGGACGGAACGCUGCAAGCGGUUCCUGACUCAAACGACCUGGUACAGGCUUUCAGCGACUACCUGAAGCGGAACCAAAUUAGCGCGAAGAGAGAGGUUAACAUCCCCACAGACACCAUAGAGAUAGGUGGUUAUCACAGAAUUUUGUGAAAGCCUUCUGAGGCAUCUUUCCGGACGACAUCUUUUGCGAACUUAAUUUAUUCGGACCCCCGUGAUAUAACAUAUGAGAGUAGCCGACAACGUGCUGUUGCUCGCCAGACCAUAAGUCACAGUUGAUUCUACUGUUGUGUUUCUCGAAGCCACCCGCAAAUGUUGUGUAUCUGCAGAGUUCUGAACUACUAUGCUUGCUAGAUGUUCAACAGGGUACUGUAAAAUGUAACGCAAAACCACGCCACGCAGUGUCGUGUAUCUAGAAUAUGUAAACUAGGGCAUAACAUUUUGCUGUAAAUAUUGCUGUACAAAUUGGUAUUAAACCGUUUGCGACUAUAUG